AUCAAUUCAACUAUGGCAGCAACAUUAAUUAUCUCUCAUUCGUACAUUCUACCUAGCUAGCAGAUACAUAUAUAUAGAUCAAUUUCGCUAGUAUGCAUGCCUACAUGUCUCAUCAAACUAUAGCAGGAGUAUCGUUGAUCGAUUUAGGACUGGGAGGUGCUAGAAAACACAAGCUGACAGCAUCAAAAGUGUCCCAAAUGGGUGACGACUGUUUUAGAAGACAUCCAAGGAAUAGUAGCACCUUGUAUGUGGUGCAUUUUGAAUCAUGGUAGAGAAGGCGUUGCUAACACACUUGUUGGAGUAAUAUCGAAAUGAAAUGGCUCCUAUAUUUGUAUGAUGCUACAAGCUAUUUUACAACAUUUCUAUAGUCCUUUAGAGGUACUAACUGUUGAGAAAAUUGAUCUCUCGGUUCAAAAAACAGGGAGGAGAACGGGCUAGACAGUUUUUUCCACCUGUUGUAACUCGAAAUCACAGCAAUUCAAUUUGUUUUAAUCCCUGAUUAACUGUGUGCAGUGAUCGGUGGCGCCCAAUUUAUUUUCUUUUGAGUCACCACCGAUUCCCUACAAUGCUAAAUGUAAAAGGGGAGCCCGACCCAAGAGCGGAUGACGAUCUCUCUCGAUCUCAAUCUCCCCGAUAACCAGACCCUAAACCCAAUCAACAUAGGCGCUGGAGGGGAAACGUGUGGCGGUUCCGGGACAGUGUAGGUGGCAACCGGAAAGCUAUCACUACCCUCACGAGUGAUCGCCGGCGACCCCUUUGGGAUCAAGCCAGCGUUCUCACUGCUACCACUAUUUCCCCUACACCAACAAUACGCGAGGUGGUUCGAGUUUCUGCAUCCUCUACAUUCACUCUGGUUCGAGCUAGAACAAUUACAAUGUCUUAGAACAAUUUCGAAGACAGCAGCACAGUUGUCCUGAUCAAAUUGAACGAAUAAUCCAUGUGGUCAUGCUGCUGCGCAGGUUCGUGAGGAUGAAUCAAUAAAGGCGGGAGGUCUUCAUCACCAGGAUGGAUGUCGGCAAAAUCAGUGUUAAGAACAAAAACACCAAAAGUCCAGGACUGACCUAAGCCACCUCGCAAGGGGAGUUCUUUGAGCACGAUUACUCUUGGCACUGCAUCAAUGUCAUCAAAGACAGCUCUGAGCAAAACUCUACCUGGAAUGGGAUCCCUCUCCUGCUAAUCCACCAGGCGACCAAAUAGGGGAACAGCAGGGGGAGAAUAACCCACAAAAUAGAGGCAAUUCGGGAAUCAGUGCUGGUCCAAACCAGAAUCUGGCAAUGUCUGUUCUAGAAAAUGAAACUUCUCCUGUGUUCUUUGUGCCGGAUUCUGUUCAGGGCAAAAUCCAGGAAGUGCUUCUCAAGAAUCAGUUGUUAAGACAGUUAGCAGAAAGAGUUCAGGGGCCUCCAGCAGUCCCUUUGGCGCUUGCUCCCUUCACUGCUUUGCUGCUCCCAAGAAGGAAUGCAAUUUAUGAUUCUUUGCCGCCAGUCUUCCACUCUUCACAGCUGCCCGUGGUAGUGGUUCAACAUGAGGAUCAUGAGGAUGAUAUGGACCAUGACAUGGGCCCUCUGGGCCAAGAUGAGAUCCUUGAUGUUCAGCUUUUGGCAAUUUCAGAGCCACUGGACCAGGCUCAGCCCAAGAGCCCGCCAAGAACAGGACCAGUGCCUCUCCUGUUAGAACCACCAAGAGCUCCAAUCAAGAAGAAAGAUGGCAAGACUGUCUUGUUUGAUCCUAACAGAAGGCAGAGUGCUCGGAUGCGUUCUUCUAGUCAGGAGCUCACCCAGCCUGACCCCAGAAUGGGCAUAGGAAAGCCGAGAGGAAAAUCUGCCAAAAAAUUGAAAUAGUUGGCAGUUGGGAGUGGAAAUAUGCGGUCUAUCUCCUGAGGAGGUGGAAGAGGCGACUUUGGGUGGUGCUAGGAAGAAGAAGCUUCCAAGGCCAUCUGAAGAAGACAACUAGGCAGCCUCCCUGGACUCUUUUGUUUAUCUCAGUUUUAAAUGGAUAGCAGCUAUAUCUCUUAUCUUUUGGUUGUAUGUUUGUGGAACCUUGAUCACCUGGUUGUGAUGUGUGGCUGUCAGACUAUUUAUGUUACUACUUCAAGCACUGAGUAUGAUAUGCUUGACAUGUAUUCAGGGUAUUUUGUUCAAUCAAGGUUGUUUGUUAUAACCUUGUGUUUCUCCUGCUAUAUUUAUGUCCUCGAUGAAUAGUCAAGCUAGAAGUAUGAACAUUCUCUGUUGGAAUAUUCGGGGGAUGAACUCCCCAGGAAAAUCCUUAGCCUUAUAUCAGCAGAUUGAUAUCAGUGCCUGCCACAUCUUAUGUUUGCAAGAGACAAAAAAGCAGAAUUUUGUUUUAGCCGACAUCAAAAAUUUUGCUCCAAAACGCUUUGAUUCUUUUGCCUUCUCCCCUUCACGCGGUGCUUCAGGUGGAAUUCUUGUGGCUUGGGUCUCUCGUUUGCUUCAAGGGAGUACGGUCCAGAUUAAUGAUUAUGCUGUGACAGUCAAAUUCAGCUCGAAUCUCAACAAUGCUACGUGGUUUUUAUGUUGUGUUUAUGGCCCUUGUGCUAGGCCGCAAUGUGAUCUUUUUGUUCAAUGGUUGCGAGACCUUCAUAUCAGUCCAGUGGAAAAUUGGCUCAUCCUUGGUGAUUUCAAUUUUUAUAGAUCAGUUGAUAACCGAAACAAGCCUGGGGCAAAUAUGAAUGAUAUCCUUAUUUUCAAUGAUAUUAUUAGUCACUUGGGACUUUUGGAGUUGCCAUUAAAAGGGACGAGUUUCACCUGGAGUAAUAUGCAGGAUAACCCACUGCUGCAGCAAUUGGACUGGUUCUUUACUUCCCCAAGCUGGACUCUAGCUUUCUCAAACACUGAUGUUCAAGCCCUGACAAGAAGUACUUCUGAUCAUGUACCAUGUGUGGUAAAAAUCAGCACUAAGAUUCCUAAAAGCUCCAUCUUUAGAUUUGAGAAUUAUUGGGUGCAACUGGAAGGUUUCUUUGAGGUUGUUCAGUCAGUCUGGGCCCUUGACCCUGGGUUUGAGGAUCCUGCAAAGUGCAUCUCCUUUAAAUUAAAGCACUUGAGGAAAAAACUACUCAAUUGGAGCAGAAAUUACUCCCAACUAUCUAAAUUACUAGUCAACUCAAACAGGGUUCUAGAUUUCUUGGAUUUGAUAGAGGAGCUUAGGCCACUAUCCAUCUUAGAAUGGAAUUUUGAAUAUGAAAAGAUGUACCAAUAGGUGGAUGCUCCUAGGUGAGGAAAAUACCAAAUUUUUCCAGGCCAUGGCAACAGAAAGAUUUAGGAUAAACUCUAUUCCCCAAGUGAUAAAUGAUGAGGGUACCUCUAUUUCUGCUCAUGAGGAAAAAGCUGAUUUGUUUUACCAGAAUUUUAUGCAAAGAAUGGGGAUCACAACUUCUCCUUCAAUGGCUUUUGACUUGCCUUCCCUGUUUGCCCCCCAGAAUCUGGAUAGCUUGAUUGACCCUUUUUACACACAGGAGAUUGAUAGUCUAAUUUCUUUACUCCCGGUUCAUAAGGCACCUGGACCAGAUGGUUUCAAUGGUCAGUUUGUCAAAAAAUGCUAGCCAAUAAUUGCACAAGAUUUCUAUAGACUUGCAGCGCAUUUCCAUGCUGAAUGCACUGAUCUACAGUGCAUCAAUACAUCUUAUAUUACUCUGAUCCCCAAAAAGCAUCUGCCUGAAAAAGUAAAUGAUUAUAGACCCAUAUCCUUGAUGAGCAUCAGUCUGAAGUUCCUAAUCAAGUUGUUGGCCGAUAGGUUACAAGGGGUCAUUCUCAAGAUUAUCCAUGUAAAUCAGUAUGGGUUCAUCAAGGGCAGAACAAUUCAAGAUUGUUUGGCUUGGUCUUUUGAACAUAUAUCAUCAGUGUCAACAAUUAAAGAGGGAAAUAAUUCUGCUUAAACAUGACUUUGAAAAGGCCUUUGACACUAUAGAACACUCAGCAAUAAUUCAGAUAAUGAAACAUAUGGGCUUUCCUCUGAAAUGGCUAAAUUGGGUCUCCUUGAUUUUUUCCACAGCUAGCUCAUCUGUUCUUCUAAAUGGUGUGCCAGGUGCCUACUUCAAAUGCAAAAGAGGAGUGAGGCAAGGUGAUCCUCUUUCACCCCUGUUGUUUGUCCUUGGAGCAGACCUCCUACAUGCUGUAGUAAACAGAGCUUUCUCUUUAGGACUGUUGUCCAAGCCUAUCAAUGAGCAAGACAAUAAGGGUUUCCCAAUUGUGCAAUAUGCAGAUGAUACCCUCAUUCUGCUUAAGUCUGACCAAAGAGAACUCUUCUGCUUUAAAGCAAUUCUGAAUACUUUUGCUCAAUCCACAGGACUUAAGGUGAAUUAUCAUAAGUCACAGCUUUACCCCCUGAAUGUUCCCCCAGAAAAAGUACACUUGUUAGCUGGUCUGUUGGGUUGCUCUGUGGGACAAAUGCCUUUCACCUAUCUUGGUUUACCAAUGGGGACAACAAGACCUAGACUGAUUGACUUUGCCCCUCUGGUUGACAGAAUUGAGAGAAGACUAACCUCCAGCUCUAUGUUCCUGCCCUAUGGAGGGAGGCUAACCCUUGUGAACUCUGUGUUGUCUGCCAUCCCUACAUAUUACAUGUGCUCCCUUCAGCUUCCAGUCACUGUAAUUGAAGCAAUUGACAAGGCUAGGAAAAACUGCUUAUGGAGAGGGAAUGAUACUAGCUCGAAAAGAAAGUCCUUAGCGGCCUAGCAUAAAGUUUGUAGACCAAAGGAAAAAGGAGGCAUGGGUGUCAUUAAUCUGACCUUGCAUAACAUUGCUCUUUUUCUCAAGCACUUGGCAAAAUUCUAUCAAGGGGCUGACCUCCCUUGGGUAAAGUUAAUCUGGAAUUCAUAUUAUCAGACCAAGGUUCCUCACGGAGUUUUUAACAAGGGUUCUUUUUGGUGGAGGGACAUUAUCAAUCUUUCAGAUUACUUCAGGGGAAUUGCAAAGUGUGAGGCUAUCUCAGGUAACACAGUUUUGUUUUGGGACGACAUGUGGAAUGACCAAAUUAGGAGCAUCACUUACCCACAUCUCUGUGGCCAUGCCAUUGCCAGAAAUAUUCGUUGGCUGUCACCUGUGCUAAACCCUUUGAGGAUUGUUUUAAGUUUCCACUGACCCAGGAAGCUUACACAGAAUUUCUGCAGCUAAAGGGAGAGUUGGAUGCUCUGUCCUUAGCAAGUCAGCAGGGGGAUAAUUGGAGUUUUAUAUGGGGCAGGAACAAUUACACCUCAAAAGCUUUUUACAAGUUGAAUUUUGCAGCCAUGCAACAUCCCAGACCUUUCCGAUGGAUCUGGAAGACCAAGUGUGUGAUGAAGAUAAAAGUUUUUAUAUGGCUUCUUUUCUCUGAUAGGCUGAACACGAGAGACAUGUUGGACAGGAGAAAAUGCGCCCCCCUAAAUGCUGAUCUUACUUGUGUCUUAUGCCCUUUGCAUCACAGAGAAACUUUGUCUCACCUGUUCUUUCAAUGCCCUUUUAGUAGAAAGUGUUGGCAGAAGCUGGGAAUAUCUUGGAACACUUCUCUAGAAGUCUUUCAGAUGCUGGUGCUAGCAAGAUUGAGAUUUCAGAAAAAAGGAUUCUUAGAGAUUUGUUUCAUUGCGUGUUGGCACAUUUGGAAGCAAAGGAAUGGAAAGAUUUUCCAGAAUAUAGAUCCUUCAUUUGACCGCUGGUGGAAUUCUUUUAAGCAUAAAAUUCUUCUACAUAUGUGUAGGAUGAAUGAUGAUCUUAGACAAUUAGUUUCUGGGGUUGUAGCCUUUUGUAGUUUUUCUUUUUUCCUGUAAAUACUUUGUUGGCUUCUAUAAAAUACACUACUGGGCCAUUGCCUGGUAGUAUUCCUUUCAAAAAAAAAAUUGAACAAAUAAAGUUAAACUACAUGGUCUAAGAUUUCUGUUGCAAAGCACCAUGCACGACUAGCUGAUCUGUUCAACGAGCAUGCUGGUUUUUACAUCAAAGAAAAGAAAACGAGAAUGCUGCUGGAUCAUGUGUCUGCAUAUACAUUUCUCCGGAAUUGAAUUGA